AUGGGCGCGGUCGAAGAUGCUGCCUCCAUAGCAACAACUGCGGCAGAGUACCAGUUAUCCACAAGAGGCGCUCAAGGGCUGCUUUAUCGUGACGUCUGGGGUCCACGGGAAAAGUCCAUGGGAAAUCCAUGGUCACCUACCAAUCCCGAAGGGACUAUUAUCCUUCGCUUGGCAGAGAACAGCUUAAUGCAUGAUGAGGUUGGAAGAUUUAUCAAGCAACAGGUCAAUGUUCUUCCAGUCAAUCACUUGACUUACAGCACUGGUCCUCGAGGAUCCCAUCGUCUUCGUCGCGCAGCAGCCUCUUUUUGGACGGACGAAUUUAACCCUCGCGAACCGAUUGGGGUCGAUAAUAUCUUCAUCACUCCGGGUCUAGCUAGUGCGAUUGAUGCGUUGAUCUGGGCAAUUUGUGACGAAGGGGACGCCAUCCUGAUUCCACUACCACUUUACAAUGGGUUCAACGUUGAUGUCUUCAAUCGCAGCAAUGUUCGAGUUAUUGGAGUAUCGUAUACGGGAGUCAAGGGCUACUCAACCCUUGACGAUCUGUUCGACCCUGAGGUGAAUAGGCGGGCAAUAGAAAUUGCUCUUCACAAAGCGAGACUUGAUGGUAGCCGGGCUCGGGCCCUCUUGGUAUCUCACCCUCACAACCCUCUAGGUAGAUGCUAUCCACCUGAGACUUUGGAAGUAUUUGCCUCAAUAUGCGGCGAACACGGGUUGCAUCUGAUUUCCGAUGAGAUUUACGCAAAAUCAGUUUUCCCCAACCCCGCCAUUCCCGACGCUGUGCCCUUCGUGUCCACGUUAUCGCUUGAUCUUGAUGGUGUCAUCGACAAAACCCGACACCACGUGCUUUAUGGUGCAAGUAAGGAUUUCUGCGCCAAUGGCUUGCGUCUAGGCUUUGUAUGUACUCAGAACCAAGGAAUAAUGGGCGCACUCUCAAGUAUCAGCAUAUUUUCAUGGUCGCCACAUAUUAUUCAAGACAUGUGGGCUGCUAUGCUCAAGGAUCGACAAUGGCUCCGAACGUUCAUGGAAAGGAAACUGGGUCUCAUGGUUGAGAAUCAUAAGAUCGCAACAUCCUUUUUUCGCCGUCAUGGCAUUCGGUUCUAUGACUCAAAUGCCGGACUUUUUAUCUGGAUAGAUCUGCGUCAUUUGCUUAUACCUCAAAGGUCGCCACGGGAAGUUGACAUGAACUCAUCGAGUGUGAGUUCAUCUUACAUAGAAACAUAUAAAGAACAGGAAAUCAAGAUCGUGGAUAAAUGUCAGAAAAAUGGUGUUAUGGUUGCGGCAGGGCAUGUGUACAUGGCAGAAGAGUAUGGCUGGUUUAGACUCACUUUUACCGUGGGCAAGGAUGCACUAAAAGAGGGUUUAGAUCGCUUAUGGAGGUCAUUACAGGAGGUCAAAAAUCGAGAGGAGUCAAUUUAA